AAGGUCACAGACUUACAGUACAGAUCUCUCUCCUCUUCUCCUCGUCUCUCCCGUCGGCGCUCCUCCGACCCAAACACCAAAACCAGGACGAUGCCUCCCAAGAGGCGCGUCGUCAAAACCGUACGCAAAACCACCCCAAAAUCCCAAACGAAAACCGCCGCCGAGAUCCCCAACACUCCCGCUGCCGAGCCCUCUCGUCCCGCCGUCGAUUCCCCCGCAAUCGUCACCCCUCCCCCCUCCGUCAUCGCCUCAGAGACACCCGUCUCCGAGCUCAUCGAGCCUACCCCGGAUCCUCCUGCCCCUGAUGCCUCCGUCGUCCAGCCUCCCGAAACCCCCGCUGCCGCUGUCGAAGCCGCAGAGGAACCUUCGGAAACUCCCGCCGACGCGAACCCUUCGAUCGUUGUCACGGAACCUCAGGCGUCGGUGGUGGAGGUUCCCAUUGCGGCACCUCAGACAGCAACUGUGGUGCCUUCUGGAGCUGGGAAGAAGACAGCCGUCCGGGUGAGGAAGGUGAUCAAGAAGAAGAUAGUCAAGAAAAUCAUCCCUAAGGCGGUUCAUUUAGCGAAGAAGGAUUCGGUUUCGUCGCCACAGCCAGCGGAGACGGCCAGACAAGAAACCCUAGUCGCUGAAACCGGGUCUGAUAACCCUAGUUCCGAUGCUGCGGCUGGAGAUGCUGUGCUGGUUGAGAAUAAUGAGGUAGAUAAGGAGAAGGGUGUGCAUAAGGAACGGGAUGACUUGAAAAAGGAUACACAUAUGGAUCAGGACGAGCAGGGAGAUAAGGAGAAUGAUGAUCAAAGGAAGCAGGAUAAGGAAGAAGGUCACAAUGACACAGUGGUGGUUGCUGCGGAUGAGAUGGUUGAGUUGUCCGAGCAACAGGACAAGGACAAUGAUGCUAAAAAAAAGCAGGAUAAUGGGGAAGCUCACAAUGAGGGAUUGGUUGCUGCUAGUGAUGAGAUGGACGGGAUGUCUGAGCAGCAGGAUAAGGAAAAUGAUGCUCAAAGGAACCAGGACAAGGAAGAAGGUCACAAUGAGGCAAUGGUGGCUGCCAGUGAUGAGAUGGCUGGGAUGUACGAGCGGAAGAAUAGGAGAAAAACUGAGAUUUUUAUUGGUGGAUUGAGUAGGGAUGCAAAGGAGGAGGAUCUGAAGAAGGUCUUUGGAAAGGUGGGAGAAAUUGUGGAAGUAAGACUGAUGAUGGAUGGUCAAACAAGGAAGAACAAGGGCUAUGCUUUCUUGAGGUAUAAGGAUCCAGCGCAUGCUAAAAAGGCCGUCUCUGAAUUUCCUAGAGUUGAGAUCUGUGGAAAGCUUUGUGGAGCAGCUGCUCUUGAGGGUAAUGAUACUAUAUAUUUGGGAAGCAUUGAUAAGGACUGGAAGAAAGAAGAUGUGAUGAAGAUUUUGCAAGAUAUUGGAAUUGAAAAGAUUGACACUGUCACUGUCAUGCCUGAUCCUCAUAAUGCAGAUGCAAAUCGUGGAUUUGCUUUCCUUGAGCUUGAAACUAACAGAGAUGCACAUAUUGCUUACAGAAAACUUCAGAAAAAGGAUGUGUUUGGAAAAGGUCGAAAUAUUUCUGUUUCUUGGGCUGAACCAUUAAAUGACCCUAAUGAGGAGGAGUUGAAGAAGGUGAAAUCUGUUUAUGUUGAGGGCAUACCAUCUUCGUGGAAUGAGUCCAAGUUAAGGGAGUUAUUUGGCAAGUUUGGUGAGAUUGAACGGAUUGUCCAUUCACGUGAUAUUCACACUGCUAAGAGAAAAGAUUUUGCUUUUGUUAACUUCACUGUUAGAGAGGCAGCUCUUUCAUGCAUUGAAUCAUUCAAGGAGGACGUAACUGAGAAUGACUCAAAGGUGCCUAUUAAAGUAUCAUUUGCUAAGCCUGUGCAAAAGAGCAAGCAGAGUAAAGGGUCUUCAAAGUAUACAAGCACAGACAAGGAAAAGACUAAGCCUAUGCAACGUGAUGACAAGACAAUUGAUUCGUCAUACAAGAGAAAAUCUUUCAGAGGAGAUAUUAAUAUUACAGGUGGAGACAGGAAGACUUCUACUACCAAUGAACUCCUUCAAGUUUUGAGGGAGCAAGCUCAUUGGAAACAUGGACAAGGUGGUUAUGGCAGAGGUCCUAUGGUACAAGAUUAUCCACAUGUGGCUGGAGCAAAACGUUCCUUCUCUUAUCCGGGAGAAGAAGCUUCAUACUUGGACACCAGAGGAUACCCUCAUCCUCGUCUUGACAGAUCUUUUCCAGUUUCCAGCUCAAGCUAUGGUGCAUACCCUUCUGGAGGCGCAUACCCUUCUGGAGCUGGGUCUUCUCUGCCAUACUAUCAGCACUCAAAUACUGGUUAUUUAAGUGCAGGUUCUAGUGCUGUACCAGAGUAUCAUGGCAAUUUUCAGAAUCAAGGAGCUCCUCCACCUAAUAGAAGCAGUAUGUUUUCUAGAUAUAGAUAUGGUUGAUCAUCGCCUAGCAUAGAAGAUUUCAAGUUUCAGCCAUUGCAUCACCUUCUAGAGCUUUCCAUCUUUGCUGAUAGAUUUGGAAGCUUCCUAGCAACUCAUGAUCUGUUUUGUUCAUAGAAAGCUAUUGAAAGCCCCUCUUGCACCAGUUUUACUUGGAUUAAUCCGUCUCACUUGCCAAUGAUUCUAGCACAUUAAACUAAUCUAUGUAAUCAACGAUACUUGUGGUAUCAGUCGUCAACUACUGUACUUUCCAUGUCCCAAAGAAGCCAUAGUUGUCAAUGUAAGAACCAAAUUUAAUUAGAAUAGCUACUUAAUGAAAUAUACAUGAGCAAUGCAAUCUUUCAA